UAGCGUACAUAUAACGUCUUGCCGGUCAACGGUCAUUUCAAUUCUCAGUUGUCAUUCAGACGUCGAGGCAAGUGCAUGUCAAUCUAAUAUGCAUGAACAACAACAGUAAUGGCACGGAUUCAUAAGUGCAUUUUCCUGAUUACAUUGUUGCAGAUUGCUCAAGGGGCUGAGCUAAUGGGACGCUCGCUGAGGGCUGGAGACCGAGCGAAUCAAAAUACGAAUGGUUCGUACAAAAUCCUGAAUAGAUUUGUGACACCUUAUGUUUAUAGACGUGAGUCAGGAGAAGUGGUAUUUCCAGGCCAAAUACCCGACAUAGUUAAAAGAAACGCCAUGAAGCUAGUUAUUCCUGAAGACUGCCGCAAAAUUGGUAUCUGUGAUGAUGUACCGAAUUACCCCGAUGAAUUAGUUUCUCAAUUAAUAAGCCAGCUAAAAAGGGCGAAUAGGACCACAUUUAACAUGGACGUACUUGAAAUACCGACCAUAGCGCAAAGAAUCAGUCCUGAAGAUGAAACUAUGCCUCUAUGUGACUCCUAUGAAAAGACAUUUUCACCGCAAGCAGCGUUGGACUCAAACAAAAAAUGGCACUACAUUUUGAAUGUGAAGGAUAACCCAAUACAGAAAUUUCGUGUAGAGAUAUGCAGGUCACCGGACUUAGCCUGUUCAUCUGUGGCUUAUUUCCAAAAUGGAUACGAGGCACGCUGUGUACAGAAAUAUGUUUAUAGAAAUAUGGUAGGAGUUAAUGAAAAUAAAGAAAUUGUUGAAGGACCUUUUCAAGUUCCCAGUUGCUGUUCAUGUCUUGUGAGGAACGUCGCCAACUAGUCCCUGAAUGAAGUGUAUAUAUUAAUAAUAUAAUAAAAAAUAUAAAAAUGUUUGAUUUAAA